AUGCGAGCUUCAAUGGAGAAGUCGCCGAGAAACAGAGACGACAAACACAAAUUGGUUCCUUCACCAAGCAGCAUCACCACUCCGACCCGAACCGUUGCCACCAGAUCCAAAUCCACACACCCGUCUCAGACCACUUACGUCUACACCGAUACUUCCUCCUUCAAACAAGUCGUCCAGAUGCUCACCGGAUGCCACAAUAACCCGACUCACCAACCCGACCCGAGAUCUUCUUCCUCUCACUCAAUCCCUCCAAUCAAAGCCGUCACCAACAAGAAGCAAUCUUUCCGGCUCAACGAACGCCGCAAUUCGAUGAAGCAUCUGAAGAUCAAACCGGUUUUUAACCCGAUCCAUUCCGGGUUACCCGAGAAACUCUCCCCCAGCACCCUGGACUUUCCGUCUCUGGUCCUAAGCCCUGACACUCCUCUCAUUCCUGACCCGUUUUCUCGAACCGGGUCAUCGAGUCGGAGCCCGAGCGAUCCCGGGUUCGGAUAUUGCGAUCCGGUACUGAGCUCCGACGCCGAAGAGAGAGCAAUUAAAGAGAAAGGGUUUUAUUUUUAUCCGUCGCCGUCGACAACUCCGAGGGGAACGGAGCCCCGGCUUCUUUCUCUCUUUCCGGUGACUUCUCCUCGGGUUUCUGAUUCUCUUGCUGUACCUCAUGAACCCUAA